GCACAGGCUCCUCCCCCGGUGACCACACGGGCUGCUUGCGUUUCCUCUCGUGACAGGUGCUCGGUGGGUCUGUCCUUUCUCGGCGAGGGAUGCAUCGUCCUCGCGAGAUUUGUCCACGGGCAGAGCGCGGCCGAGGCUGGCGUCAGGGCUUCUCGGGAGCCGCUGUGCUCAGGGCUUAGGUUCUGUGUGAGGUCUGGGGCCAGACGCCCUUCCCCGCCCAGGCUUCCAUCACCCAGGCUGCGGCCCUGGCCGGGGAGGCCUCGUCCCUCGUCAUCUGUUCUGCUUCCUGGGACCGGGCGGCAGUUCGGGGAUGAGGUGCCCUGAGUCAGCCGCAGAGCUGACACAGGUUCCUGCGGCCGGAGGCAUCUUCUUGUGCCUCCCGUUAGCUUGAAUGCCCCUUUGCAGUGGCCUCUAACUAUUUGAGCAGUUUUCUGGCCUGGGGCCUCCUGCAUCUAUGGAUUUGAAACUUGGUUUCUUGACUUGGUUCUUCAGGGAGGAGGGGGAUGUUUAGACAGCUGCUAAGGCCCUGUCGGUGAGGGUUGCUUUCCAGGGGUGUCCAUGCCUAGCAACCCUGGUGUUUACUGAGGAGCAUCUGUGUGUCCAGCUCCUCUCUUCUGCUGCGCAGGGUCCUGGGACAGCCUGCGGUAGCUUCUGAGGAGGGUGGCCUCCUGCCCUGCCCGGCGCCAUGCACACGCUUGUGUUCUUGAGCACGCGGCAGGUGCUCCAGUGCCAGCCCGCGGCCUGCCAGGCUCUGCCCCUGCUCCCACGCGAGCUCUUCCCCCUGCUGUUCAAGGUGGCCUUCAUGGACAAGAAGACUGUUGUGCUACGCGAACUGGUGCACACAUGGCCCUUCCCCCUGCUCAGCUUCCAGCAGCUGCUGCAGGAGUGUGCCCAUUGCAGCCGGGCCCUGCUGCAGGAGCGGCCCAGCACAGAGAGCAUGCAGGCUGUGAUCCUGGGGCUCACAGCCCGGCUCCACACCCCAGAGGCUGAGGCUGGCACACGGUCUUUCUGCAGGAAGCACGCACUGCGGGUGCUGGACAUGACGGGCCUCCUGGACGACGGUGUGGAGCAGGACCCUGGCACCAUGAGCAUGUGGGACUGCACAGCAGCCGUGGCCCGCACAUGCAUCGCGCAGCAGCAAGGUGGGACUGUGGAGCCUGGGCCGAGCCCUGCUCCCGUGGAGGUGCGUGUGGACCUUCGGGUGAACCGGGCCUCUUACGCGUUCCUGCGGGAGGCCCUCCGUAGCAGCGCAGGCAGCCCGCUGCGGCUCUGCUGCCGGGACCUGCGGGCUGAGGACCUGCCCAUGCGAAACACUGUGGCCCUGCUGCAGCUUCUGGAUGCAGGCUGCCUGCGCCGUGUGGACCUGCGCUUCAACAACUUGGGCCUGCGUGGCCUGUCUGUCAUCAUCCCACACGUGGCCCGCUUUCAGCACUUGGCCAGCCUUCGGCUGCACUAUGUACACGGGGACUCACGGCAGCCCUCCGUGGAUGGCGAGGACAACUUCCGAUACUUCCUGGCCCAGAUGGGCCGCUUCACCUGUCUGCGGGAGCUCAGCAUGGGCUCCUCUCUCCUCUCAGGGCGGCUGGACCAGCUGCUCAGCACCCUGCAGAGCCCCCUGGAGAGCCUGGAGCUGGCCUUCUGUGCUCUGCUGCCGGAGGACCUGCGCUUCCUGGCACGCAGCCCCCAUGCCGUCCACCUCAAGAAGUUGGACCUGAGUGGCAACGACCUGUCGGGCAGCCAGCUGGAGCCUUUCCAGGGUCUGCUGCAGGCGGCGGCGGCCACACUGCUGCACCUCGAGCUGACCGAGUGCCAGCUUGCUGAUACCCAGCUGCUGGCCAUGCUCCCUGUGCUGACCCGCUGCGCCAGCCUCCGCUACCUCGGCCUCUAUGGCAACCCACUGUCCAUGGCAGGUCUUAAGGAGCUCCUGCGGGACUCGGUGGCACAGGCCGAGCUGCGCACAGUGGUGCACCCCUUCCCUGUGGACUGCUAUGAGGGCCUGCCCUGGCCGCCACCUGCCUCUGUUCUGCUGGAGGCCUCCAUCAAUGAGGAGAAAUUUGCCCGUGUGGAGGCUGAGUUGCACCAGCUGCUGCUAGCCUCGGGCCGUGCCCAUGUGGUCUGGACCACGGACAUCUAUGGUCGCCUGGCUGCAGACUACUUCAGUUUGUGAUCUCUGGGCUUCUGGGUGAGAAACAGGCUGUCCCAGAGUCCAGGGCUGCUGGAGGCCCCUCCCCCUCCUGGGUAGGCACAGCCUUGGCUGGGACCCUGUUAGAGGCCUGACGCAGAGGCACUGGUGUCUGGGUUUGUGCCCCUCGGGUGCACCUUGAGCCUCCCUGCGCAGUUUUGCCCUGCACUUGCUCCCCUGACUGUUCACCCGUCUGUGGGCCUGAGGUCUGAAUUCCAGACCUGCCCAGCCCUGCUUGCUUAGUCUGCACUUGGCUACCCUCUGGUGUCCUCGUCCUCUUCAGAAUGCUCCUGGGGUCCCAUCUCUGAGCUGAGAGAGGGUGUUCCCUCUGGGCCCUUUUCCAGAGCAGACUGCCCUGUGUUGCAGUUGGGACUUGGCCUGCUUCAAGGAGGUUGGCCCUCUGCGCUGGGGCCUGUCAUGAUUUCCCUGCCCUGGCACUCAGGAGACUGUCGGCUGGGCUUUGGGGCCAGACCAUGUUAUUACGGUACAAAUGCGCAGUGUGUUUGGAACUUAAAUUUGUGGCUGUUUUUUCUGUC